AUGUUUGAAUAUGUUGAAAGAAGAGUACUUCGAUUUCACAAAAAUGGUGAUCCAAGAGAGGUUCUUCAAAUGGAAAAGGAGAAAUUUCAAUUCAAAUUAGAAGAGGGACAGGUGCUAAUUCGUUGGCUUUGCUCUCCGAUAAAUCCACUUGAUAUCAAUAUUGUUCAAGGCGUUUACGCUAUUCAGAGAGAAUUGCCAGCUAUUGGUGGAUCUGAAGCAGCUGGAAGGGUUGUUAAGACUCAUGCAAAUUCAACUCUAAAACAAGGUGAUCUUGUCUUUCCAUUUAUUUCAAUGUCUCCAAAUUGUUGGACUGACUAUUCUGUCGCCAAUGAGGACCAGCUGGUGAAAGUCGAUUCGAGAAUUGAUCCGUUGAUGGCCUCGACAUUCUCCGUUAAUCCGUGUACAGCGUGGCAAAUGCUACGGAAUUUUGUCGAAAUGAAUGCCGGAGAUUGGAUCAUUCAGAAUUCAGCGAAUUCCGGAGUAGGCAGAAGUGUCAUUCAACUGGCAAAAGCUUGGGGCAUUCACUCAAUCAACAUUGUUCGUGAUCGAGCAAAUAUCGAGAAGUUAAAGAUCGAACUUAAACACAUUGGCGCCACUCAUGUGUUCACCGAAGAGGAAUUCGCGAAAAAUGGGCGAACAUUUGUACGGGAAAUUGUACAAAAUACCCACGGUGGCACGGUGAAGUUGGCUUUCAAUGGGGUUGGUGGGAGGAGUUGUCUGGCGAUUGCGGGAGCAUUGGCGAGAGGAGGGACUUUAAUCACUUAUGGUGGAAUGUCAAAGAAAGCUCACGAGUUCUCCACAGCACAGCUUGUUUUCAACGAUAUCCGAGUACGAGGGAUUGCCAACGGGAUGUGGCUGAUGGAGGGUGGACAUGAGGAGAUUGUCGAGAGAAUGCUCAAAGAUUUACAAGAGUUGGCUGUCCUCGGAAAACUCACCCCACCACCACUUGAUUAUCACAAAAUUGAGGAUUUCAAAAUCGCUAUUGAAAAUUCGAUGGAUGGGAAACAUGGGAAACAAAUGUUCAUCUUUGAGAAAGCGACUGAUAGCGGUUUCACCAGCUCGCCCACCUCCUUCUCAUCGCUUUCUCCAAAUAGCUCGUUCAGCGAGUUCCCAAACGGCUCCUCUACAUCCGCUUUUUAUCCGUAUCAACCGAUCGAAGUUGAGGUUUACGCGCAAACGGUGGACGCAGAGCCGCAGAAAAGGCGAUCGAAACGCCGAUCCGCUAAUCGGGGUAAAUACAAUGGUCAAAUCGGCCGUCCACCCAAAUACCUCACCAAUUUGAUCACGGUUGAUGUGGAAACGCAAAUGAAUCGUCACAAACACACGGACGAUGUCCUAAGAAAACGGCGACAAAAGCUCGCUCUUGAGACGUGUCGCCGGAAAAAAGAUCAAGAUAUUCAAGUGAUUGUG